AUGGUGCGCAGAGGGAAAUGGCUGCCCAAAACACACAGGGACAGCAUUUCCCAAAGUGUAUUCUGCAGAAUUAUCACCUACUGUGUUCUCAGCACUGUGCCUCCUAUAGAAGAUGAUCAUGGAAACAGCAAUAGUAGUCGUGUAAAAAUCUUUUCACUGAAAGAGCUGCUUGAAUGUCUGCUGAAAUGUUCGAGUUUACCAAAAGAGAGGUAUGGUCGGAACACAGAGAGAUCAUGA